UGAUUCAGACAAUGAUCAAGAAAAUGUUAUAUCAUUUGAUGUGUCUAUAGUUCAAGAUCUAGUAGUCAAAAAAAGAAAAGGAGCACCAAAAGUCAAACGUAUUAAAAGUUCACUUGAAACAAAAAAGGCUCAAUCAAAUAUUAGAAAAAAGAAAGCUACACGCCUUUGUUCUCACUGUAAGCAGCCUAAUCAUUAUGCUAAAACCUGCACUGUUAACUUGUAA